AUGAUCAGCAAGGGGGGUAGCGAAGCCCUUCUGCAGACGCUGGUGGACACGGCCCGGACAGCGUCUCCAGACUAUGACAUCCUCCUGCCCCUCUUCCGACUGCUCACCAAAGUUGGCCUUCGAGAUAAAAAGUUUGGACAGAAAGCACUGGAAUUGGAAGCACUUGAUGUGACAUUGAUUCUGGCCAGGAAAAACCUGUCCCACAGCCAGAACCUCCUCCACUGCCUCUGGGCCCUGCGUGUGUUUGCCUCUAGCGUCACCACGGCUGCCAUGCUGGGAAUUAACGGAGCUAUGGAACUGCUUUUCAAGGUCAUCACCCCUUACACCCGGAAGCGUACCCGGAUCAUCAGGGCGGCCACGGAGGUCCUGGCGGCGUUGCUGAAAUCCAAGUCCACCAGCCGCAGGGCGGUGAACAGAGGCUACGUGCCCAGCUUGCUGGGGCUGCACCGGGACUGGCACAGCCACGACACGGCCAACAGCUACCUGCCGAUCCGCCGGGCGCUGCUGCUCUGCCUCCGGCACAUCGCCGCCCUGCAGUCGGGCAGGGAGGCCUUCCUGGCGGCCCGGGGCAUGGAGAUCCUGUUCAGCACCACGCAGAGCUCCCUGGAGGACAGAAGCUUGGAACCCGUCACCUCCAUGGUGCUUCAGGUCCUCAGGCAGUGCCACCCGAAGAGCCCCCUUCCCUUGGCCACGGCCAGCAGUGCCUACAGCUUCCCGGGCCCCGGGCGCGUCGCCCCCGAACCUCCGCGUGCUCUCGCUGAAGAGGAUUUCGAAGACGACGGUGACGAGGCAGACGACCACUCCGAUUCUGAGGACCCGAGAGAGGAAGACGAUGACUUGGAGACAGAUGUGAGCAAGCUGAGUCCCAAACCCGGCCUUGACCGGCCCGAGGAGGAGCUGACCCAGUACGAGGCCCUGUGUCCCGAGCUCUCCUGCAGCUUUGAGGAACUGGAGCCCAGGCCCGGAGAUGAGCGGGACUCUGAGUAUGCCAACCACCCCCACAUUCCUGCCCCCGCCCCGCAGCAGCGUUGCUUCAGUGAGGACCAAAGCUCCCGGGGGCAAGAGAGAGAAGACGCAGUCCAGACGUCCCUUCUGAGCGCGGUGAAGAGGGGGAGGCCCUCUGUGUACCUGGCCCCCCAAAAACCCGCACCUAGAACAAACCUGCACCAAAACGCCCCGUCCAACGGGCUUGGGAUGGAUUCUUUGGGAAAGAAAGCCCUUGACAUUGAGGCUUUCCUCAGAGAGGACACUUGGGACAUAGACAUGAUCUCCUGCCCGAGGGCGGGUGCCUCCCUUUCCGACCCCACUCGGCCUCGGGAAGCCGUUGACGUGAUCGACAGGGUUCUGCAGGCGCAUCCCCAGCACAUUCCCUUCCACGACCCCUACGUUUACAUGGCCAAAGCCAGGAGAACCAGAUCCGUGGCCGACUUCAAGAUGAUGGCAUUUCCCGAUCUCUGGGGACAUCGCCCGGCGCCCUCUCCGGAGCCCCUGCUGGAACGCAAACGUGGAAUCCAAAGGGUCAAGAUACUUGAGGACAUCCGGAGGUUCAUCCAGCCCGGCGACGUUCUAAAUAAAGUCGUCUUCAGCUUGGACGAGCCUCGGCAGGACACGGCUUCCGAAGGCUUACGCUUCUCCUCCAAGUUCGAGUCAGGAAACCUUCGCAAAGCCAUCCAAGUGCGUGAGUUUGAGUACGACCUGCUGGUCAACACUGACGUCAACUGCACCCAGUACCAGCAGUGGUUCAACUUCAAGGUGAGCGGCAUGCGGGCUGCCGUCCCUUACCGCUUCAACAUCAUCAACUAUGAGAAGCCCAACAGCCAGUUUAACUACGGGAUGCAGCCGACCAUGUAUUCUGUGAAGGAGGCUCUUCUCGGCAGACCCACCUGGGUACGGACGGGCUACGAAAUCUGUUAUUACAAAAAUCAUUAUCGCGAGAGCGCGGCCGUCACCGGGGGAGCGUCUAGGAAGUGUUACUACACCCUCACCUUCGCCGUCACCUUCCCGCACAGUGACGAUGCCUGCUACCUGGCCUACCACUAUCCCUACACCUACACCGCCCUCAUGACUCACCUCGAUAUCCUGGAAAAAAGCGUGAACCCCCGAGAGGUUUACUUCCGGCAGGAGGCUCUCUGCCAGACGCUGGGAGGGAACUCGUGUCCGCUGGUGACCAUCACGGCCAUGCCCGAGUCGGCCAGCGCUGACCACCUGGAGCAGUUCCGGCAGCGUCCGUAUCAGGUGAUCACCGCCCGAGUUCACCCCGGAGAAAGCAACGCCAGCUGGGUGAUGAAGGGGGCCUUGGAGUUUCUGGUCAGCAGCGACCCUGUGGCCAGGCUCUUGCGGGAAAACUUCAUUUUCAAGAUCAUCCCCAUGCUCAACCCGGACGGUGUCGUCAACGGCAACCACAGGUGCUCCCUGCGAGGGGAGGAUUUGAACAGACAGUGGCUCGCUCCCAGCGCGCAGCUCCAGCCGACCAUUUACCACGCCAAGGGCCUGCUCUACUACCUGACCAGCACCGGCCGCGGCCCUGUGGUCUUCUGCGACUUCCACGGCCACUCCCAGAAGAAGAACGUGUUUGUCUACGGCUGUAGCAUCCAGGAGACCCUGUGGCAGGCGGCGUCCGCUGGGGGCGCGUCCGCUGUCCUGGAAGACGUCAGCUACAGGACUCUGCCCCAAAUCCUCGAUGAGCUCGCACCGGCCUUCACAAUGAGCAGCUGCAGCUUCCUCGUGGAAAAAUCUCGAGCGUCCACCGCCCGGGUGGUGGUGUGGAGGGAGAUGGGGGUGUCCAGAAGCUACACCAUGGAGAGCAGCUACUGCGGCUGCAAUCAGGGCCCCUACCAGGGCCUGCAGUUCGGGACCCGCGAGCUGGAGGAGAUGGGGGCCAUGUUCUGCCUGGGCCUCCUCGUCUUGGAGCUGAAAUCCGGCCUGCAGUUCGGGACCCGCGAGCUGGAGGAGAUGGGGGCCAUGUUCUGCCUGGGCCUCCUCGUCUUGGAGCUGAAAUCCGUCAGCUGCAGCCGCCAGCUCCUGACCCGCGCGGGGACCCUGCUCAGCGCCGAGGGCGAGGCCCUGGACCACCGCCUCCGCAGGUAG